AGCCGAACCGCUUUGGGUGACGGCCCCGGGCACUCGGAGAGCUAAAACGGACGGACUGCAGAGGUUAUCUGAAGGCCGAGGCCAAGAUGGCGGCGUUGGCGGCUCCCGGCCUGCUCCGCCCAGUCCUUGCGCUGCGCUCCUGCGUGGGUGCGGCUGUUCAGGGACGAUGUGUCCAUGCCAGUUUGGCUGCUGACAGCCCAAGCAGCACUCAGCCUGCCAUGUCCAAGGCCGGAGCCGUGGUCUCCAAGCCCAGCUCACUUCCCAGCAGCCGGGGCGAGUAUGUGGUGGCCAAGCUGGAUGACCUGGUCAACUGGGCCCGCCGGAGUUCCCUGUGGCCUAUGACCUUUGGCCUGGCCUGCUGUGCAGUGGAGAUGAUGCAUAUGGCAGCACCCCGCUACGACAUGGACCGCUUUGGCGUGGUCUUCCGAGCCAGCCCACGCCAGUCAGACGUCAUGAUUGUGGCCGGGACACUCACCAACAAGAUGGCCCCUGCACUCCGCAAGGUCUAUGACCAGAUGCCAGAGCCUCGCUAUGUUGUGUCCAUGGGGAGCUGCGCCAACGGAGGAGGUUACUACCACUACUCGUACUCCGUCGUGAGGGGCUGUGACCGCAUCGUGCCUGUGGACAUCUACGUCCCAGGCUGCCCACCUACCGCCGAGGCCCUACUCUAUGGCAUCCUGCAGCUGCAGAAGAAAAUCAAGCGAGAGAAGAGACUCAAGAUCUGGUACCGAAGGUAGUGCCACCCGACUGCCACCCUGUAUCCUCUUCGUCAUCCUGAGAGAUGGUCAAUAAACCUGAGAAACCCACUGGCA